UGCCCUGACAGUACCUGAGCUGCCUGACCACGUCCCGCUCCCUGACGGACAAACUGGCCUUCGAUGUGGGGCUGCAGGAGGACGCCUCAGGUGAAGCCUGCUGGUGGAUCAUCCACCCCGCCUCCAAGCAGCGGUCGGAGGGCGAAAAGGUUCGAGUCGGGGACGACCUCAUCUUGGUCAGCGUCUCCUCUGAGCGCUACCUGCACCUCUCCACGGCCAGCGGGGACCUGCAGGCCGACGCCUCCUUCAUGCAGACACUCUGGAACAUGAACCCCAUCUGCUCGGGCUGCGAGGAAGGGUACGUGACGGGGGGUCACGUCAUGCGUCUCUUCCACGGGCAUAUGGACGAAUGCCUCACCAUCUCCUCCAGCGAGCAGGGCGAGGAGGAGCGCAGGGUGGUGAACUACGAGGGCGGCGCCGUUUGCACCCACGCCCGCUCCCUCUGGAGGCUGGAGCCCUUGCGCAUCAGCUGGAGCGGGAGCUACAUGCGAUGGGGGCAGCAGUUCCGGGUGCGGCACGUCACCACCGGGCGCUACCUGGGCCUGACCGAGGAGAAGGGGCUGGUCGUGAUGGACGCCGAGAAAGCCAACACCAAGGCCACGGCCUUCUGCUUCCGCGCCUCCAAGGUGAGA